AUGAAGUUCACCAACGCCAUCCAGUUUGUCCUCAUGGGCCUGGCUACUGCCCACCCCAGCCCCACUGUCGAGGAGGAUGCUACUCACGUCCUGGAUAAGCGUGCUUCCAUCACCGAGACCUGCACUCUUGGCUAUGCCACUCAGAAUGGAGGUACCACUGGUGGCAAGGGCGGUACCACCACCACCGUGUCGACCCUAGCCCAGUUCACUAAGGCUGCUACUGCCUCUGGCUCUUAUGUUAUUUACGUCAAGGGUGCCAUCUCCGGUGCCACUCAGGUUAAGGUCCAGUCUGACAAGACCAUCGUCGGCGCCUCUGGCUCCUCCCUUACGGGUAUUGGACUGUACGUUAAGGAUCAGUCCAAUGUCAUUCUCCGUAACUUGGCCAUCUCCAAAGUCAAGGCUGCCAAUGGUGAUGCUAUUGGCAUUCAGGCCUCCACCAACGUCUGGGUCGAUCACUGUGACCUCUCAUCCGAUAUGUCCAACGGCAAGGACUACUACGAUGGCCUCCUCGAUAUCACCCACGCCUCCAACUACAUCACUGUGUCUAAUACUUUCCUCCAUGACCACUAUAAAGCAUCGCUUGUUGGCCACUCCGACAGCAACGAGGAUGAGGAUACCGGCUAUCUCAAGGUGACCUAUGCCAACAACUACUGGUAUAACGUCAACUCUCGCGCUCCCUCUGUCCGCUUCGGCACUGUUCACAUCUACAACAACUACUACCUUACCCUCGGCUCUACCGGCAUCAACUCCCGCAUGGGCGCCCAGGUCCGUGUCGAGUCGACCACCUUUGAGGACUGCAGCGAUGCUACCGCCAUCACCUCUGUCGACUCUGACGAGGACGGCUACGUGACCGUCAGCGACGUCUCCCUCGGCGGCAGCACCAACGACGCCCCUGCCGGUUCUUUCAAGGCCUCCUCCAUCCCCUACAGCUACACCAACUACGGCAGCAGCAGCGUCAAGAGCAAGGUUUACGGAACUGCCGGCCAGACUCUUUCCUUCUAA